AGAAGAAGAAGUUCAAAGUUCACAUUAAAGUUACCCUCGUGUGGUGCUGUUACGGUGGAGUAAAAACGGAGCUCACGCAUCAGACAACCGCUUAUAACACCCUUUUUUCGGAGGAGAGGGUUCACUGAAUAAGUUGUGAUGGCCUCCUACACCUGUAUCAGCUGCCGAGUGGCUUUCGCAGAUGGCGAGGUGCAGCGAGCACACUACAAAACCGACUGGCACCGCUACAACCUGAAGCGCAAGGUGGCCGACAUGCCACCAGUCACCGCUGAAAACUUCCAGGAGCGAGUCCUUGCACAGCGGGCAGCCGCCGAACAGCAGCUGAACGACACGACGGCCGGCGAGGGCUGUGCCAUCUGCAACAAGAAGUUCUCCACCGUCAACGCCUAUCAGAACCACCUGCAGUCCCACAAACACCAGCAGGCCGAGAAGCAGGCUCUGCUCGCCGCACAGAGGAAAGUGGAAAAGAUGAACGAGAAGAACCUGGAGAAAGGUCUCGGCGAUGAGAAGGUGGAUCACGACGCCAGGAACGAGGCCCUGCAGCAGGCCCUGAAAGAGCAGCAGAGGCCGAGCCCGGCCAAGCAAGGGACAUCACAAGAAGCGAAAAGGCAGCAGGCGGAGAAGCUGGAGAAGCUGGAGAAACCUCCCAGGAUGAUGUGGUUGGAGGAACAAGCUAAGAGGCGAGAGAAAGAAGACGGAGCCACAGCUGUGGAAGAAGAGUGGGAGGACAUUGACGAGGAUGAAGAUGAUGACGAUGAGAUGGAGGAUGAAGAGGAAGAGGAAGAGGAGACGAUGGAUCAACAGGAAGGGGACUCGGCGGGUGCGUCUGACCCCCAGCCCGCCGCUCUGCCCGGCUCCAUCCCUGUCACCAACUGCCUGUUCUGCUCCCACCACUCCAAGUCGCUCAUGAAGAAUGUCGCCCACAUGACCAAAGCCCACAGCUUCUUCAUCCCCGAUGUGGAGUUCCUCGUCGACCUGAAGGGCCUCAUCCGCUACCUCGGAGAGAAGGUCGGUGCCGGAAACGUGUGUUUAUGGUGUAACGAGAAGGGCCGUUCGUUCUACUCGACAGAAGCAGUACAGAGUCACAUGACAGACAAAAGCCACUGUAAACUCUUCACAGACGGCGACACUGCCCUGGAGUUUGCAGACUUCUACGACUUCAGGAGCAGCUACCCAGACAGGAAGGAGGGAGAGGAUGCUGAAAUGGAAGAAGAAGAGCUGCCGGAUGACAAGAACCUGGAGUACGACGACGAAACGCUGGAGCUGACUCUUCCUUCAGGUGCUAAGAUCGGCCACCGCUCGCUCAUGAGAUACUACAAACAGCGGUUCGGAGCACAGAGGGCGGUGGUACUGAGCCACAAUAAGAACGCUGUUGGCAGAGUCCUCCGGCAGUACAAAGCUCUGGGCUGGGGAGGAGAUGGAGGGUACGGCUCCUUAUAUCAGAAACAGAAAGACAUGCAGUAUGUACAGAUGAUGAAGUCAAGAUGGAUGCUGAAGAUGGGCAUGAGCCACAACGCCACCAAGCAGAAGCACUUCAGAGCCCAAGUGAUGUUCUAAGCCGGGACUGGAGGCAAGCCGACAGACAUGAUAUCUUUCUGGGCAUUACCCGCCUUCAAUGGACAGGACAGCCAAGUGUGAAAGGGGGAGAGAGAGAGGGGAUGACAUGCAGCAAAGGGCCACAGGCCGGACUCGAACCCAGGCUGCUGCGGCAACAGCCUUGUUCAUGGGGCGCCUGCUCUACCACUAAGCCACCGACGCCUCGUGACAGUCUCCCUUAACUAAUGACUAUUUUUUACUCUGUUUACAGGUGGAAGAACCUGAUUCAGAAUCUGUGUCCCUUACAUAUUUUGCUCGGUUGUUAAAACAUUGGCAGGAAUCAAUACAGAACACUCGUUAACAUGACUAAAGGGCUGCCCACACCGAGAAUGAUUAACGGUAACGAUGUGAGGAUCCACACUGAUGAACAAUAAUGUUUUAUAAACAGUGAAACAAGCCCUCGCUGCGUGCCCCAGCUGUGUUGGCAGGACAGGAAAAUGGAUGCUGUUAGUGUGUCUGUCGUUCAUCAAAUCGCUCUGAGUGAUCCAAAUGAUGUCCUUCGCCGCUGAUGUAAAUUUGUGUGGCCGUCCACUUUAAUUAGAAUGAAUUUUUCUAUUUAAAAAAAAAGUGCUUUUUUAUAUGCUGAACAAACAUUUAAACAACACUUUUGUCUUUACUAUCAUUUUUCACAGGUUUAAGUUGAAGAUCUAAGACUUUUGUAUGCACUCAGUAGAUUUCUCUCAAAUUUUGUUAAAGCCCAUGUUUGUAAGCACCUUCUCCUUUUCCAGGGUAAUCCAUCCACCUGACAGAUGUGGCUUAAUAAGAUGCUGAUUUAAGAGCAUCAUUACUGAACAGGUGUGCUUUGGGAUGGUCACAAUAAAAGGCCAAUCUAAGGGUGCUUUCAGACCUAGAGUUGUUGCUUUGGUCUGAAUCAGAGCACACUUGCAAGAUAAAUGUGGCACUUUCUAAUGUCACAAUGGAGGGACAACUACGCAGGUUGAUUUUAGCGCUGCUCAUCGUGGACUAUAUUGCCGUCAUUGUUCAUUUUAGUCAAACCAUACAGUUUGAAAACGAGGCGCGGCUCCAACUAGAAAACAAUGUUUUGAUGCAUUGGAUGUGCUGAAUGUGCACAUUAAGGCAGUACAGGAGGAGGUGCACAUUAAUAAUCCUCCAGGACUGUAACAUGCUCAUGCAGGGUUCCCACGCAUCCUGGAAAACCUGGAAAGUAAUUGCCCAAUUUUCAAGUCAUGGAAAACGUAUGGAAAAUGAGAAAAAAGUAAAAUGUCCUGGAAAAGC